AUGUUGUCCCUUAACAUCCCAUCCUACUCAAAGCCAUCAGGAUACCAGCUGUCAGAAUUGCCAACCCCGAAGCUGAGUACUGACACAGACGUCCUCAUCAAAGUUCAUGCCGCGAGCAUCAAUCCGAUUGAUGUGAAAAGAGCCGGUGGAGCACUCAAGCAAGCCGUCAAAGACUCAAGCAGUUUUCCCUUUAAAAUCGGCUACGAUGCUUCUGGUGUGGUUACAGAAAUUGGUCAGGGCGUGACCCGUUUCAAAGUUGGAGACUCAGUUUAUGUCAGACUACCAGAGAUCAAUCGAGGCUCUUGCAGCGAAUAUGUGACAUGUGCAGAGGACCAGAUUGGUCUCAAGCCCCCUUCGCUGUCCUUUGAAGAGGCAGCUUCAAUCCCCCUGGCAGCGAUGACUGCGCUCCAAGCUCUUAGGAAGCACGGCGACCUUGCUGGGAAGACUGUUUUUGUACCUGCUGGCUUGAGCGGUACUGGUCUAUUUGCGUGUCAACUGGCCAAGCACGUCUUUCACGCUGGCAAAGUAAUUUGCUCAGUCUCAACAGCGAAGAUUCCCAAGGUGAAAGAGCUUCUAGGCGAAGGAACUGUCGAUUAUAUUAUCGAUUACACCAAAACCGACCCAAGGGAUGCCAUCGAGAAAGGCUCAGUGGACUUCCUUUUCGAUACAGUUGGUCUUGCGAUGGAAUAUCUCUGUCUCAUGAAGCCGAAAGUAAGCCGCAUCGUGUCUGUUUCUACCACGCCAUCAGCAACUGUGCUACAAAAUUCUUCAUUGAUGAGAAUGGCUCAUAAUCCUACGAUUCCAUCUUAUGUCCGGCCUAUGUUGAAUUCCAUGGAUUCCAUUCGCAAAUUCAGAGCCGGGCGUUACGGCGUGGAGUAUGAGUAUAUGAUUUUGGAGUCGAGCGGUAAGGAUCUGGAUGAGCUUAGGGGAUACAUUGAAGAUGGGAAGCUUAGAACAGUCGUGGGCACAAUGGUUGAGCUUCGCGACAUACAAGCGGUGCAAAAGGCCUGUCAAGUUGUUUACGAUGGAAAGGGGGGUCUUGGAAAAUUGGUAAUUCGGGUUGUUGCCAACAGCAGCUCGUGA